AUGUCCAUGGUGGAGGACCUUUGCAAGAGCUUGGUUGUGGCAGCCGCUGUGGUCGAGAACGAGGCCAUUGAGCGUGACCGUGCCGGUGAUGUGCCGACAGCCCUGAAGAAGUACGAGGAAUGUCAGGGACUCCUUGCCCGUGCCAUCGCCGCGGCGCUGCCCACGCACCCGGAGGUUCAUGCGGUCUUUUGCGUCCCUUACAAGAGUGGCGGACAUCUCUCAGUGCUCGCGUGCUCUGACUGUGGGACUGAGCAGGUGGCAAACGAUGCCGGGCCUGAGUGGGUUGAGAAAUGUGAGAGCUGUUUCGAGAAGACCGGUGGAAUGAAGCAAAUGGCGGCUGUGGCCGCAGUCGGCGCUGUCGGCGGUGCAGGGGUCUUGGGCAGUACCCUUGGCUGCUUCGUGACAGUGGGCGCUGUCGGCGGAGCUGCAGCCGCUGGCAUGGCUGCAACGCGUUCAGACAAGAUUGGUGAUGCUGCGCGCGGGGUUGGCUCCAUGGCACUCAAAGGCGUCGACAAGGCACGUGAGAUCGACCGCGAGCACGACAUCACAGGAAAGAUGGCGCACGCUGGGACAAAGGCUGUCGAAACAGCAUGCACCAUCAAUCAGCAGUACGGCAUCAUGGACAAGGUGUGUGUCGUCUCGAAGAAGCGAUCCAAACCCCACGCCCCGUCUGAGUGUGAUUAUCGAGAGGCGGUAGCUUGA